UUUUAUGCGUUAUAGACUCAAGCGUUAGCGUGACGUUGACGACAUCAGCUUUAAAAUCGUCUUUGUUUUGAUACAUUAAACUACGAUCUCAAUCCGUAAAAAUCAACAUGAGUAAGGCCCAUCCUCCAGAGCUAAAAAAGUACAUGGAAAAGAAGCUAACAUUGAAACUCAAUGGGGGAAGGCAAAUCACUGGAAUUCUACGAGGAUUUGACCCUUUUAUGAACUUGGUGGUGGAUGAAAGUAUUGAAGACUGCAAAUCAGGAGAAAAGAAUUCUAUUGGCAUGGUGGUGGUCCGAGGGAAUAGCAUCAUCUUACUGGAAGCACUGGAUCGUGUGUGAGGAUCACUUUGACAGUUCUGUGUGGGUCAAAUGUUUGUUGAGAAAAGGCGGAGAUGGAUGUCAGGAGUGUGAUAGUGGGAAUGACAGACAUGCGGGAAUAGAAGGAGUGACAGACACGAGGGAACAGAUGUGGAAAGGACGCAAGCAGACCAAUUCAUAUGACAUUUAUACAUUCAUUUCACAUCAAGUUAUUUAGACAUAUAUUUGUCUAUUUGUAUGGUAGCGUUUACGAAUAACAUGCAAUUUAUAUACUCUUUGUUUCUCUGCUUCUAUCAUGUUAAAAGUGAACAACUACAGAAUUUAAUGACCAACGAAAAUUUGGAAAAUUCUGUUAGAAUUAUGAAUAAUUUGGAAACUACAACAGAUCUGCUAUUUAAUGAUUAAUUCAUCAUGUUUCAGUUUAACCCUUUCAACCAUAUGUAACUUUAGUAGACUUUCCCAUGCAUCGAUCUGGAUCUGGAGUCCAUUAUGGUCUACAGUGGUGAAAGGGUUUACAGAUAACAGAAAAUCAUUAUACAUUUAUACUGUGAGAGAUAGGAGUUCUCAUUAAGCCUAGAAUUCAUAUUACUGUGUCAUCAGGUGUCGAUAAGGUUUCAUCUUGUUUUCUUAUUUUGUGUCGGUAGUUUUUAUUAAAUGGAUGAUUGAAUUAACA